AUGACAACAUACCGUUCACUGCCGAUGACACCGGCGCUGAGCACCGGCUGUCUCCAGCAGAUCAUCAAAACGAAAGCCAACGUCACGAGCGGUGGUGACAGUCAUCAGCAGCCGAUUGUCCAGAUCUUAGGCACUAAACGCGUGGCCAACGGAUCCAUACGAGUCAUACUCUACGACGGCGUCCACACACUCAAGACAGCAGUGAUCAAGAAGUCACCGGAAAAUGACGCCAAGUUUGACGGCAAACAGAUGGAGAACUUCUCGAUCGUACAACUCGUCCACUACUGGUCCGUGCAAAACAACCAGAAUCUCAACAACACAGUGAACGCCGGCAUCGACACCAGCAAAGUGUGUCCCAUCGCAGCCAUCACCCCAUUCUUCAACGGUUGGCUAAUCCGUGCGCGGAUUACCUCUAAGAUACCGGUGCGCACCUAUACGACAAAGGAUGGCAGGGAAGGGAAGGUGUUCUCAUUCGACGCCACCGACCACUCGAGUGACAUCCGAGUGACGGCUUUCAACGCCGAGUGCGACAAAUACCACGAUAUCAUCGAAAAGGACAUGAAUUACUUGAUCCAAAAGGGAACCGUUAAGACCGCGAACAGGAAGUUCUCGAACUGCAAGUCUGACUACGAGAUUAUGUUGACCUCCGAGUCGGUGAUAGAGUUGUGUCAGGACGACGUACCCCUUCCACCCGUGAGCUACCGGUUCCGUCAGAUCGGACAACUGGUUGACGAUCCGGUGGGCGUAUCGGUGGACGUGUGCGCAGUCAUCCGAGUGGUCGACGAGUGCCAGAAAAUUGUCGCCAAAAAGGAUCAGAAGGAGUAUCAGAAGCGAGACGUGACGCUCGUCGACAAGAGCUUAGCGGAGGUGCGGCUCACUCUGUGGCGCCGGGAGGCCGAGGAGUUCGCCGGCUGUACGGGACAAGUGAUGGCCAUUAAGAACGCGAUUGUCGGCGACUUUAGGGGCCGGACGUUGAGCUGUGCGCCCAACGCGAUUAUCGAAGAGGCGGUGGUUUUGGUGCCGGAGAUGUCGGCCGAAGAGAAGCUCAAAGCGGUUCAGUUCUGGAACGUUGUGUCCGAACGUCUUCAGGAAAUCGUCAACAACUCGGCCGCAGAUAUCAACGCAUUGGCCAUGAGGUUGGAACAGGAGGACCAUCACCCACAGGGACAGCCACCACCACUACAGCAGUCCAUAUCACAACCAAUACCACAACAACCCCUUCAGAACCAUCAACAGCCGUCACAGUCAUCGGCUGUACUCAUGGACAGCAACAGUAUGUGCGGACAGACGAUGACCACUGAUGGCUCUUCCAGUGGUGAUAAUCACGAGAUAUAUCUACCGAUUGAUCACCGAAACCAUCAAACGAUUAGUGAUAACUCAAUGAUAUCUAAUCACAUGUCGAGUAGUCAUGAGUUCCAGCCAUCGGUGGUCACAACCGCUGAAGACGUGGAUGAAGUGAUUGGCGAACACUUGGCGUCAGUGAUCACCACAUAUAGCAAUAAUAACGGCGCCGAUAAGGCAUCUCAACAACUGUUGAUAGCGUUAGCCAAACAUCCGGAAGAAUCUCAAGACAUGUUUGCCGAACAGUUGGAGAUGAGUGACGACAGACAUCGACCUUCACAGCAGCCAUCGAUGGCCACCACUACUAGUGUUAUACAAGAGUUGGAUCAGAAUGUGUUGAUAACCAGUCAGCGGAGGAAUGUUAUCCAAUCGACUCAGAAGGCUAUCGAAGCCAUUGAGAAGAAUCUACAGAACUGUUGCCACGAAUUCGAGACUAAGACUCGCGAGUCGUUUGGUUCCGGCGGUGAUAAUCGACUUCACGAGUCGAGCAGUGAUAAUACCGGCAGUAAUCUCAUUAAAACUAUUGAAACCAUUGAUGAAACUCGUGGUGAGAGUAGCGGCGAAACCGUUGGAUCAGUUAAUCACGUGUUUAACGACACCUCCUUUGAUGUGAAUUCGUUGGACGGAAGCAGUGUAUCGGCCGCCGAAGACACGGAUCAGAACUCGAGACCGAAGUAUAGUAUCGAUGAGACGGUGAACACAGAUAAUAGUCAGGAAUCAGUAGUAAACGAGUUGACGAUCAGUGAGAAAAAGAGUCAAAAGAAGUCGUUGUCACCGAAAAAGAGGUGCAAAAUGGGCGCCAAUAAGAGCCUUAAGAGUCUUAAGAAUAAAGAUAAUAAGAGUUCGAGUGAUGGGAACUACUCGUGCGAUAUCUGUCACAAAGUGUUGCCCAACGAGUCGGCAUUAGUGACCCACAAGUGGAUCCACUCGAAGCCCUACUCCUGUAGCGAAUGCGAGGCCCGGUUCUCGACAAAAGGCAAUCUACUGGUCCAUCAGCGCCGACACACCGGAGAGAAGCCCUUUCAAUGCGAUCGAUGUCCGGCCUCUUUCUCUACUAAAGGCAACCUCAAGAGGCAUAUCAAAGCUCACAGCGGCGAGAGACCGUGGAAAUGCUCUCAAUGCGAGUCCCGGUUCACCGAAAAGAAGUCCCUUAAAGUACAUAUGCGUCGACACACCGGCGAAAAGCCGUACCAGUGCUCAGUGUGCGGCAAGUCGUUCAGUCAGACGGGGGUAUUGCAGACCCAUAUGGCCCUACACUUGGAUGAGCGCAAACACCUCUGCGAACUCUGCGGUAAGGCCUUCCGCCAGAGGUCUCAACUCAGGCUACAUGUGCUGCGACACGAGGGAGUGAAGCGGUGGGACUGCACCGACUGUGAGGCCAAGUUCUUGACGAAGGGAGACCUCGAGAGGCACCAUAGGGUGCAUACAGGGGAACGACCGUUCGUUUGCGAUUUGUGCGGAAAGACAUUCACGAGGCAACAGUCACUCAAUGAACACUCCAACAGACACUACGGCCUUAAGCCCUACGCCUGUACUGUCUGUUCAAAGACUUUCGCCGAAAUGAGCGCCUGUUAUAAACACAUAAAAGUGCAUAAAAAGCAACAAACGAUUAACAAGAAUACGGGAAACGAAUCGAUAAUUAAGACAUCGAUGGCUAAAGAGGUAGCCAUUAGUAAUCGUCGGGUGUUGACCGCAAAUGAGACUAAAGCAAAUGUGCCGACAACGCGUUCGCAAAUUAAUGUCAUCCAAUCGACGGCCACUUCCGGUCACCACAAAGCGGCCCCCAAAACGUACUUCAAGUCUACCACCGAUGGACAUAUCAACAGCAAUAUAAGCGGCGAUUCCAUCAACACGUCCGCCAGUAAUAGUAAUAACAAUAUAAUGAUCACUAAUAGCAACGAUUCUGUCGAAUACGUCGACUUCGGGGCCAUUAAUCUGUUGGCCAACACUUCCACUCAAUAAUCAAGUGAACGAUAAUCUAAAAACAUUUUUUCC